AAGGAACAGUUUUUAUGACAGAUGCCAAUGGUGCACUUGUUGAUAUUACAGCUAAAUCCUCAGCAUACCUUCCCCUCCAAGAAGCCUGUAUUCACAGAAUUAAGCAUGUGUCUGAGGCUGGCAUAUUUCCUGGAUUAACAGAAGAGUUUGUUGUUGUUGGUGAGAAUGCUGCAGAUGAUAGUUUGAUCCUGAGCUUGAGAUCCAUUCAGUAUGACCUUGCCUGGGAGCGUUGUAGGCAACUUCAAGCUGAAGAUGUUGUUGUAAAGGGUAAGGUUGUUGGCGGAAAUAAAGGAGGUGUGGUGGCUAUUGUCGAAGGCCUUCGUGGUUUUGUACCCUUCUCACAGAUAUCCACGAAAGCAACAGCAGAAGAACUUAUUGAUAAGGAGCUCCCUCUGAAAUUUGUGGAGAUAGAUGAGGAACAGUCUAGAUUAGUCCUCAGCAAUCGGAAGGCAAUUGCAGAUAAUCAAGCUCAGCUUGGAAUUGGAUCAGUGGUCCUGGGGACUGUUCAGAGCCUGAAGCCAUACGGUGCAUUCAUUGAUAUUGGCGGAAUUAAUGGGCUUCUCCAUGUUAGCCAGAUCAGUCAUGACCGUGUCUCUGACAUUUCCACUGUUCUCCAACCUGGUGACACCCUUAAGGUGAUGAUUUUGAGCCAUGAUCGUGAAAGAGGUAGAGUGAGCCUAUCCACGAAGAAGCUUGAACCAACACCUGGUGAUAUGAUCCGGAAUCCCAAGCUAGUUUUUGAGAAGGCUGAUGAAAUGGCACAAACCUUCAGGCAGAGGAUAGCUCAAGCUGAGGCAAUGGCUCGAGCUGACAUGCUGAGGUUCCAACCUGAGAGUGGAUUGAGUCUCAGUUCUGAUGGUAUCCUCGGAUCCCUCUCUCCAGACUUUCCUGCAGUUGGUCUCCAUUUACAUGAUGUUCCUCCUGCAGAGGAUGAAGUUUCAUUUUCAGAAGAUAAUAUUGAUAAAUAUGAGUAAGUAUUUUGUCAAAAUGAUUUCUUGGCAGGCUUUUCGAGGAUAAUGCUGAAUCAAACUUGAAUAAAUCAUGCUGCUUCUCAAAAUUGUAAUUGCAAUUGAAAUGGCAUUAUUAGCCGUGAAGCUUGUUUAGCAUAGAAGUUUGAAGUUGUGAUUGCUAUUGUAUUUUGAGUCGUCUUAUCAAUGGUUACCAAUUUGUAAUUGAUACAAU